AUGGCUGAUUCGGAUUUCGAAGAUGGUCCCGAUCUAUUCGCCGAGCCGGAAGAUUAUUAUCCUCCAUCACCGAAACCAACCACAGAAACCCAUACGUUACUUUCCGGUCAGACACUUACUCUUCAUCUGGUCGGUCACAAUCCACUUUGGGGUCAUCAUCUGUGGAAUGCGGGUCGCAUAAUAUCCAACUAUCUGGAAAAGAGUCCUUCUCUAAUUACUUCCAAAUCAGUAUUAGAGCUUGGUGCAGGCGCAGGUCUUCCAAGUCUUACUUGUGCCUCUCUACGUGCCAAAAAUGUUGUGGUUACGGAUUAUCCAGAUUCGGACCUCAUCGAUAAUCUCAGAAAGAACAUUUCGGUAUUCUAUGAGCAAUUCCCUGAACUGAGAGUAAAUGACAAGGAAAGCCUGGUUGCUGAAGGUUAUUGCUGGGGCGCUGAUCCAUCUCCGUUGCUCUCACUUUUACCUUUAGAAGAAAAGGAGGCUGGCUUCGACGUAUUGAUACUCGCGGAUCUUCUCUUCAAUCAUUCCGAGCACGCAAAGCUGUUGGAUUCUAUUAAGAAGACUCUGAGAAAGAGUAAGGAUUCUACGGCCUUGGUAUUCUUUACCCCAUAUCGACCCUGGUUAUUGGAAAAAGAUAUGGCAUUCUUUGACUUGGUACGAGAGGGAGGUAUGACUGUUGAGAAGGUCUUAGAAGAGAAGAUGGAGAAAGUAAUGUUCGAAAAGGACAGAGGAGACGAAGAAUUGAGAAGGACAGUUUUUGGUUUCGUUGUGAAAUGGGCUGAGGAAGAUAGUAGUUGA